CAGACAACAAACUUGGUCACCAAGCAACUGCCGAAACCAUCAAAUUACAUAUAUAUUAAUUACUCUCAUCUUCCUCUCUCUCUCUCUAAUCAAUUCCCACCAGAUUCUAAUUAAUUAACGACCUCAAGGCAUGGGCCUAAUCUUGGGCAAGAUCACCGUGGAAACCCCAAACUACGAGCUCCUCCACAAAUCCCCGGACUACGAGAUCCGAAAGUACCCUCCCUGCGUCGCGGCCCAAGUGACCUACGACCCGGCCCAGCUCAACAACAACCGCGACGGCGGAUUCGUCAUCCUCGCCAACUACAUCGGCGCCCUCGGCGAGGCCCAGAACUCCAAGCCCGCCGAAAAGAUCGCCAUGACCGCUCCGGUCAUCACCAGCGAGAGCGAGAAGAUCGCCAUGACCGCUCCGGUGAUGACGAGCGGUGGAGGGACGACGACGAUGCGGUUUUUGCUUCCGGCGAAGUACAGGAAGGCGGAGGAGGCGCCGAGGCCGAGGGAUGAGAGGGUUGUUAUAAAGGAGGAGGGGGAGAGGAAGUACGGGGUGGCGCGGUUUAGCGGGAGAGCCGCGGAGGGAGAGGUGAAGGAGAGGGCGGAGAGGUUGAAGACGAGUUUGGAGAGGGAUGGGUUCAAGGUUGUGGGCGAGUUUUUGCUGGCGAGGUACAAUCCGCCAUGGACUCUGCCUCCGCUUAGGACUAAUGAGAUUAUGGUUCCUGUUGAGUGAGUGAUGAGCGUGCUCUGUGAUUAUUUUUAUUAUUAUUAUUAUUUACUUAACGAAGCGAGGUUGUGUUGAGUUGAUGUAGUUUUUGAUAUUUGUUGUGUGCUUACGUGAAAGGAAAACUAACGAAAAUGAGUACAGGUUACUUCUAAUGCUA